UGUAUCAAAACUGACAAUGUGUGAAUUUUAGGUUAAGAUUGUAAAAAAUUUUUUAAAUAUAAAAUAAACAAAAUGGAUAUGGAAAAUAUAAGCGAAGAAGAUUAUAAAAUUCCUGAUGUCAAGUAUGAAUAUUUGGAUCACACUGCGGACGUUCAAUUGCAUGCAUGGGGUGAUUCAUUAAAAGAAGCUUUCGAACAAUGUGCUAUGGCCAUGUUUGGAUACAUGACUGAUUUAGCGUAUGUGGAAAUGGUACAAAUUCAAGAAAUUGAGGCUUCUGGUCAUGAUUUAGAAAGUUUAUUAUACAAUUUUCUAGAUGAAUUAUUAUUUUUAUUUAGCGCUGAACCAUUUUUAAUUUGUAAAAAAGUUAUUAUUGAUGUAUUUAAUUUAGAUGAUUUUACAAUAAAGUGUCGUUGUAUUGGUGAAGAAUUUCAACUUGGUAAACAUCCUCAAGGUACUGAGGUGAAAGCUAUUACCUAUUCAGCCAUGCAAAUUGUCAAUGAACCUGAUACUAAUAAGUUUGAAGUGUUUGUUAUAAUUGAUAUUUAAGUUUUUUUUAUUAUUUUUUUAUUUUCAAAAAUAAAACAAU